UGCAGCCUCACUGUUUUUCUUCUUCUUCUUCUCCUUCUCUAGCUCUUCGUUUCGAUCUGUCACUUUCCAAAUGAAAAACCAGAUCGAAAAUCAGUGAACUAGGUUAAUUUCCUCUAUAUAUAUAUAUCUGAUGCAUGUUAUAUGUAUAGCUUAGAGAUUCAUUUUCCUCUAGAAAUCUGAUCUGGGUUUUGUUUCCCAGUACUCCAUUUUGAUCUGGGUUUUGCUUCUUUUACGUAUGUUCAUGCAAGUUCUAGCUCGAGCUCAUUGGGGUCACUUUGUUCCUUUCCAACUGAGUUAGGGUUCAUUUUCUGUCAUCUAAGUUCAGCUCAGAUGGAGGCGUUCACGGCGUUAACAGUGUUAACUGUGCUGGCGGCGUAUCUAAUUUGGUUCAAGAUCCUCACACGGUCCAUGAGAGGUCCACGUGUCUGGCCGUUAUUCGGCAGCCUCCCCGGCGUCAUCGAGAACUCGUGCCGCAUGCACGACUGGAUAGCGGACAACCUCCGCGCGUGCGGCGGCACGUACCAGACCUCGAUCUGCGCCAUCCCUUUCCUUGCUCAGAAGCAAGGGCUGGUGACGGUCACGUGCGACCCCAAGAACUUGGAGCACAUUCUCAAGCUUCGGUUCGACAACUACCCCAAGGGUCCUACUUGGCAAGCUGCCUUCCAUGACUUGCUUGGGGAUGGGAUCUUCAACUCUGAUGGCGACACGUGGUUGUUCCAGCGUAAGACCGCUGCGCUGGAGUUCACCACCCGCACGCUCCGCCAAGCCAUGGCUCGGUGGGUGAGCCGGGCCAUCGAGCUCAGGUUCUGCCCGAUUCUCGAGGCGGCUCAAAACGAGGGCAAGCCGGUUGAUCUUCAAGACCUCUUGCUUCGGCUCACUUUUGAUAACAUAUGUGGACUGGCAUUCGGGAAGGACCCGCAGACGUUGUCUCCGGGACUUCCAGAAAAUGAUUUUGCCACGGCUUUCGAUCGGGCGACCGAAGCCACGUUGCAAAGAUUGAUCGUGCCUGAGAUUAUAUGGAAGUUCAAGAGAUGGCUCAAGCUUGGGAUGGAAGUCAACUUGAGCCACAACCUCCACCACGUGGAUGACUACUUAUCUGAUAUCAUCAAUACACGAAAGCUUGAGCUGGCGAGUCAAAAACAAGGUUCAGACGGGACCCCACACGAUGACUUAUUAUCUCGAUUUAUGAAGAAAAAAGAAUCCUACUCAGACACAUUCCUCCAACACGUGGCUCUUAACUUCAUCCUAGCUGGACGUGACACAUCAUCAGCUGCGCUAAGCUGGUUCUUCUUUUUGAUCACUCAAAACCCGCAAGUCGAAGAAAAAGUUCUUUCUGAAAUAUGCACUGUUCUAAUGGAGACACGUGGUAAAGACAUUUCAAAUUGGCUGAAAGGUCCCCUAAUAUUUGAGGAACUUGACCGAUUGACAUACCUUAAGGCAGCACUAUCGGAGACCCUAAGGCUUUACCCAUCUGUGCCACAAGACUUCAAGCACAUAAUCAACGACGACGUUUUGCCGGAUGGAACUUUCGUGCCCGCUGGCUCUUCGGUCACAUAUUCUAUAUACGCAAUCGGGCGCAUGAAGUUUAUCUGGGGCGAAGAUUGCUUGGAAUUCAAGCCUGAAAGGUGGUUAUCUUCUGAUGGCAAACAAAUGGAGGUACAAGACUCUUACAAGUUUGUUGCCUUCAAUGGGGGUCCAAGAAUAUGUUUAGGCAAAGAUUUAGCUUAUUUGCAGAUGAAGUCGAUCGCCUCGGCAAUGUUGUUGAGGCAUCGGCUCGCGGUGGUUCCCGGCCACCGGGUGGAGCAAAAGAUGUCGUUGACUUUGUUCAUGAAGUAUGGGCUCAAGGUUAGUGUGCAGCCAAGAGAUUUGAAGCCAGUGUUGGAGAAAAUGUGCAAGGGUGACUGUGACUCAUGGAGCGAGGAAUUUAAUGAUCAUGUUAUCUCCAAUGGUAAAUGUACGUGAUGGGGUGCUUCAAGUGGUUGCCGUUGCUUAAGAGGGCUUGGUUGGUUUUCCGAAAAUUACAAUAAUUGGUAACAAUAUUAAUAAUGAUUAAGAGGUGAAUCAGAGCGCGAUGCAUGAUAAAUGUUAAGUGUAUUUAUACGUGCUAUAUGAUAUAUAUGCUAUUGGGGGAGGAAUGAACAAUUACAGGCUGUGUGUUUGGUGAUGAACCAGUUAUAAACAUAUAUCAUACAUAUAUAGUAACAAACUAUAUGUACUUCUAAUGUGGCCACUUUAUGUAAACUGAUGUGAUCAAUUGCAGUUUCAUAUAAGCAACACGUAAUUUGAUGGUGUUGAUCGAGAUGCAUACUCCAAAUUAAUCGAU